AUGACAUUUAGAAUUAUCGCUAGAUUCUGUGUGUUACGUCAAAUUACCACAAUUGAAAAUAUAGAACAAGCAAUUGCUCUUUUAAUUGUUGAACGAAUAUUGAUUCACUUUCCAAUUGAUCCUUUAACUAUUGAACGCUUUUCAAUUGAUCCUUUGAUGAUUGAACGCUUUUCAAUUCAUAUCCAAUUACAGAAUAUGAUCUUUUAA